CCUCAGUCAUAACUGUACGUAGUUAUGUCUCCACUUCCACCCAUUUCCGGAAAUUUCAUGAUUUCAAUUUUCUCUCUGGACUGAAGAAAAUCCCCGUGUGCACUUGGCCCCACUUCCUUUUUCCACUCCUGAAGGUAGGUAUCAGGACCGAAGAUGUUCCAACUUGGGAGCCUCAUUGUCUUGUGUGGCCUGCUCUCUGGGACCUCAGCCUCACUUUCAGAUGUCCUUCAAGACCUAAACCUAGAUCUUGCUUCUCUUCAAGAAGCCUUGAAUUUGCAAUCAAUCAAGGACAACAUUCUAGGAUCUUUGAAAACACUGGACCUCCUUGGUUUACAGGUGAAGAUCAAUGAACUGAACAUCGUGGACGUGCAAGCUUCCUCAUCUUCUGAUGGCAAUGCCAUUAACUUGCAGCUGCCUGUCAGAGCGAAUGUCUCUGUGUUUCUGCCUCUUCUUGGCUCCACAGUGGAUGUCGCUGUUUCCUUGGACGUCAUAAAUUCACUGGCUUUUCAAACUAAUGCCCAAACUGGCCUUCCCACCCUGGCCGUAGGGGAAUGCUUAAGUGAUACCGACAAUAUCUCCAUUUCCUUGUUGGGCAGACGAAGCGCCUUACUCAACAGAUUGUUGGAUGAAGUAUCUGGUCUCCUUACAAAUGUAGUGAGCAACCUGCUGCAAAACCAAUUAUGUCCACUGCUCCAAUCAUUAAUCAGCGGCCUGGAUGUAAAUAUUCUUCAAAACCUCCUCUCUAAUCUGCAGCUGCCAGCCUCCCUCUGAAGAGGAAGGAGCCAAAGGAGGGACGCCAUGGCACUCCUGCUGGUUAGUCUCCAGCGGCUUUGUCUGACCCCCUGUGGCAUUUCUCUCUAGAAAUUGCUACCACCACCUGCACAAGGUCUGCCUGAGCCCACCUAGAGGACCCUCCCAGACUUCCUUCUUCUUCUAGUUCUCUCCACCCUUGCUAUUCCCACCUCAGCAUUAAAACCCUAACUGCA